CUCUCUCUUCAGCAGCUUCGGCCGCCGCUUGUUUGGAGGUCGCUGGUUUGAUCUCCCACCAGCGGAUGGCGAGGACUUGGCUUGUCAAUGCUAGGGGAAUUGCAAGAAAAGUAAAGAAUGCUAACCGCUUUUCAAAUUAUCAAAUCAAAGAGUUAGGCAUUGAAGCACAUCGUGAAUGCCCUAGCUGCAAUCAUAUUAUUGAUAACAGCGAUGUUUCUUUGGAGUGGCCAGGUCUUCCUGCUGGUGUGAAGUUUGAUCCAACAGAUAUUGAGCUUCUGGAACAUUUAGCAGGGAAGACCGGGCUAGCUAAGGCUCACAUGUUCAUUGAUGAAUUUAUUCCCACCGUUGAGGAUGCUCGAGGAAUAUGCUAUACACAUCCUGAAAACCUUCCUGGUGUUAAGAAAGAUGGAAGCAGCAUUCACUUCUUCCACAGAAUAUCGAAUGCUUAUGCUACUGGCCACCGUAAACGCCGAAAAAUAGGCGAAUGCAACAGCACCUCUGAGGAGAGAGUGAGAUGGCAUAAGACUGGUAAAACUAAGCCUGUGAUGGAGAAUGGUGUCCCAAAAGGUUGGAAGAAGAUAAUGGUGCUUUACAGGAGUUUGAAGAAGGGUUGUAAGCCGGAUAAAGCUAACUGGGUGAUGCACCAGUACCAUCUUGGCAUUGAUGAAGAUGAAAAAGAUGGGGAGCUGGUAGUUUCAAAAAUAUUCUACCAACAAAAUACUAAGCUAACAGAAGGUGAUGCUGAAAAGGUCCAGGAUUCAGAUGUUAGUGUUGGGACUUGUCCAACAACCCCAAAAACAGUUACACCGGAGCUACGCCGUGCAGAGAAGCUGUCCCCUUUAUCCGAAACUCAUGAAUAUAAUGCGUCCCCUUUAUCUGAAACUCAUGAAUAUAAUGCACAGAAGGAAUUGCAUCUGGAAUGUGAGGUACCACCAUCAGUUACUCAACAAAUGGAUAAUGGCGUCAACUCUUUGUGGUUGGCAGGAGAAUCUCAAGCUGUUGAAGAAUUUGAUCCAACUGCCAUAGAUGAGUCGCUACUAUGCCAUGAAGUACUCGAUAGUUUUGGUCUAGCUAAUCCUGAUUUAGACCAUGGAAGGAAUGACAUGCUCAAUAGGAAUGCUAAAACAGCUCCGCUGUUCUCUGAUCUUGAUAACAUAAUUAUCGACACACCCCCAGAUUUUCAACUUGCGGAUCUACAAUUUGGUUCUCAAGACAGUAUCUCAAGUUGGUUAGACCGCUUGUAGAUGAAGAAGACCGGGAGCCACAAAACCCGAUUUUGUCCAUCAUCUGGGUCAUGGCUAUUUGUUUUGUCAAAGUGCUUCAAGGUUCAAUAACCAAAACCCAGUUUUGACUUUUAUAAGGGUCAUGGCUAUCAGUUCCGUUGAGGUCCUAUACCCUCUACUGUAUAAAGCUUAAGUUUAGACCAGAUAACAUUUCUCAAAUCUUCUAUAUUUGUAUCCUUGAUUACUGGCAUCGACAAACGUGUCUUAAUCUUAUCAAUGGUACUUGUUAUAUUUUGUUACUAGAGAGUGAGAUAGAAGAUAUUUCAGAAUUG